UAAGUGUGUGGCUUUAUUAUGUAUGUCUGCCCUCACAAAGCCAACUUUCCCCAAUGAUACCAUGUCAACGAUGAUGAAUGCAUAGACCAAGCAUAGCUGCUGGUGCUGACUCUACUGAGGACUUGCUAGUUUAAUUUUUUGUUCAAGCAAUUCUUCCCAGGAACUACCCAGAGCAGACUGCUAUAGGUUGUUGCUGCAUGUCUCCCCACACUCUUAUGCGUAGCUGUAUUUUAGCCAUUGCAAGGUGGAUGUGUUUCAGCCAAUGAUUGUUUUCAUGUGCAUGCUAUACCAAGAAAAGCCUUUCAGUUGGAGCACCGAUGUGAAUGGUUCACUCCUUAUCCGAUCUUUCCUUCUUCCUCCCAAAAGUACAUAGAAAUGAGACAAGAUGGAAAGGGGGUGGCAACUAGUAAGCUUUGGAAAGUACGUUCUUUCUGAUGAAAAGAAAAGAUGUUUAACACAUACUUCAUGCAUAAAUCUUUCUUUUCUUUAGUGCUGUCCAAAUACUAGAUAUGUGUACCAUGUGUAUGAGCAGCGUGUACAAAUAUUGGAUCUUUGGAAGAGAAGGCAUGGCAGUUUUGAGCCCUGUUUCUCCAGGACUUGCAGGAAAUCGUGUUCUAUGCCGCCUGGCACUUUCAAGUACAUAAUCAAUCUGUCUCCUUCUACGUACAAGUUAAGCUAAGGCAACGUGGGUUAGCAUGUAGAUUGUUGAUAAUUACACGCAAACUGUCAGAAAUUCGCCUCUAAAAAUAGUUGCAAAGAAUUAUCUCCGAAAACAAUAACACCUUUUUGCCUCAAUUUCUGGUUAAAGAUUUGUAAAGUUGAGAUGCCAACUCCUUGCCUUUAUCACCAUAAAGGGGCAUGCUCGCAUCAUACAUCAAUAGUUCGUUCUCAUAGAAUGCUUGGUCUUCACAACCGCAAAAGGAUUUCCCCUACAAAAUCUGCAUUUUAUGGUAUUGAAGUCCAUAUGGAUAUAGGGAAGUUCAUCUUGGUUGUACUUUCGUUGGCUCUGGUUUUCGGCAGUUUCGAUUACCAAGAGAGCGAGUUGGCCUCCGAGGAGAGCCUGUGGGACUUGUAUGAGAGAUGGACGAGCCACCACAUUAUUUCGCGUGACCUUAAGGAGAAGCAAAAGCGUUUCAAUGUGUUCAAGGAGAAUCUGAAACAUAUCCACAAGGUGAACCAGAUGGACAAGCCGUACAAGUUGAAACUGAACAAGUAUACCGAUAUGACUAACCAUGAGUUCAUGAGUACAAGGAGCUCAAAGGUUAGCCAUUACCGGAUGUUCCAUGGUCCAAGGCGGGUGACUGAGUUCAGACAUGAGAAGACUGACAUCCUUCCUCCCUUCAUUGAUUGGAGGAAAAAGGGUGCAGUUACUGGUAUCAAGGACCAAGGCAAAUGUGGUAGCUGCUGGGCAUUUUCAACUGUAGUUGCAGUGGAGGGCCUAAACAAAAUCAAAACAGGUGAGCUUGUGAGUUUAUCUGAACAAGAACUAGUUGACUGUGAUAAGGAGAACCAAGGUUGUAACGGAGGAUUGAUGGAACAAGCAUUUGAGUUCAUUAAGCAAAGUGAUGGACUAACAACUGAGAAUAAUUACCCCUACAGAGCCAAAGAUGAGAUCUGUGACUCAUCCAAUUUGAAUGGUCCUGUGGUGGUCAUUGAUGGCUAUGAAAUGGUGCCAGAAAAAGAUGAAAAGGCUCUGAUGAAAGCUGUUGCAAACCAACCUGUGUCUAUUGCUCUAGAUGCUGGUGGCAAGGAUAUCCAAUUCUACUCAGAGGGGGUGUUUACUGGAGACUGUGGCACUGAGCUGAACCAUGCUGUGGCAGUGGUAGGAUAUGGAGCAACCCUGGAUGGGACAAAGUACUGGAUAGUGAAGAACUCGUGGGGCCCUGAGUGGGGAGAGCAGGGUUACAUAAGAAUGCAACGAGACAUUGAUGCGGAAGAAGGGCUGUGUGGUUUAACUUUGGAAGCCUCUUACCCUGUCAAAUUGCAGUCUAACAACAUUAGAAAAGCUUCCCGCGAGGCCAAGGAUGAACUGUAAUUCAGAAUAGCAUCGUUAUGAUGAUAGUUGCAUAAAAUGUCUCGCCACCAAUUAGGUGCUUCUGCGUGAAGUUGUGUAUUAUAUACAACGACUUGUUAUUGUGAAAUGCUUUGAAAUGAUAAUAAAACCUG